AUGAAAUCGUUUGUCAGCGUACCUACCGGCUCGGAUUUCCCCUUGGAAAAUCUGCCGUAUGGAGUCUUCUCGGUCGGAAAUGGACAGGACGCCCUCAACGAAUUCAUGGGUCUACCACGGCCUGCCUGGCUAACCGCUAGGGCCCAACUCCAAAAGCUGCUCUCUGACGAUUCCACGACCCUAAAGGAGAACGUGGAACUCCGGAAUAAGGCCCUGGUCAAACAAUCGGAUGUGAAGAUGCAUCUUCCUGCCCGAAUUGGCGAUUACACCGACUUCUACUCCUCCAUUCAACACGCUACAAAUGUCGGGAUUAUGUUCCGCGGAAAGGAGAAUGCUUUGAUGCCAAACUGGAAAUGGCUGCCAGUUGGAUACCAUGGCCGUGCUUCUUCUGUUGUCGUGUCCGGUACGCCAUUGAAACGUCCGCUUGGACAGACAAAAGCUGAUGACGUCUCUGAACCUUCAUUUGGUGCCUCAAAGUUGGUCGACUUCGAGCUGGAAAUGGCGUUCUUUGUCGGGGGUCCGGAAACCGAACUCGGCGAGCAUAUCGAUAUCAGCAAGGCGCAAGAGCAUAUCUUCGGAAUGGUGCUGAUGAAUGAUUGGAGCGCUCGUGAUAUCCAAAAAUGGGAAUACGUCCCACUCGGACCCUUCCUAGCAAAGUCUUUCGGAACGACGAUUUCUCCCUGGAUCGUAACAAUGGAAGCUUUGAAGCCCUUUAUGAUUGAGAAUCCAAAACAGGACCCAGCUCCCCUCGCCUACCUGGCUCAUGAAGAUCCUUACACGUUGGAUAUCGACCUGAAGGUUACCAUUCGACCGGAAGGAGAUGCCAAUCAGCAUACCGUAUGCCACUCGAACUUCAAGAACCUUUACUGGACCCUGAAACAACAAUUGGCUCACCACACCGUCAAUGGGUGUAAUAUGCGCCCCGGCGAUCUUUUGGGAUCGGGAACUAUUUCCGGACCGGAGGAGACAUCAUAUGGUUCUAUGCUGGAAUUGUCUUGGAGGGGUUCAAAGACUGUUCCGGUUGGAGAUACUACACGAAAAUUCAUUCAGGAUGGGGAUGAGGUCAACAUCCUCGGUUGCUGCGAAAAAGGCGGCGUUCGAAUCGGUUUCGGUGACUGCAAAGGAAAACUCCUCCCAGCCCGCAAGCUG